CAUCCGACAUUUACUCUCGCCUUUAGACAUGCCAGUUCCCAUCCCCAAGCCUUACAGACAUGAGGCACGCCUUCUCUUACGGUCCGAGUCUAUUAUUUAUACUCCAUCCACUUUCUUGUCCUAAGUCCAGCAAGGUUUGCCUGGAAUUAUCUUCUAUCUAUCUGCCACACCUCACAGGUAACUCAUCAUGUCCAUCUUCAAAGAUGCCCCAGAGUACGCUCAGCGCAAGCUUACUCCUUUCGAGCCUCCCAAGGUAACUCUCGCAGAAAUACAUGCCUCCAUCCCCAAGCACCUCUACAAGAAGUCGACCCUCAAGGCCAUGUACUACGUGUGCCGCGACGUUUUCUUUACCGCACUUUUCUACAAGCUUGCCACCUACAUAGACCCUCUUUCCCGCACCAUCGUCGACCAAUAUGGCUUCAGCUCCCGCUCCGCACAAGUCGUAAAAUGGACUCUCUGGUCCACCUAUUGGUGGUGGCAAGGUGUGGCCUUCGCUGGCUGGUGGUGUCUCGGCCACGAAGCCGGUCACGGCACUUUGUCUCAAUAUAAUUGGAUCAACCACAGCGUCGGCUACGCCCUUCACACUUUCCUUCUUGUUCCCUAUUAUUCCUGGAGAUCCACUCAUCAUGCUCAUCAUAAAGCGACUGGCUGGCUUGAGAAAGAUGAAAACUUUGUUCCCCGUACUCGUACCGACUACAAGCUCCCUCCGGCCUCGAAAGCACAUGUAUCGGAUUAUCACGAUAUAUUUGAAGAGACGCCUAUUUACACCCUCUUCCGUAUGCUGGCCAUGCAACUCAUGGGAUGGCAAUUUUAUCUGUUCACAAACGCUAUGGGGUCCCCGAUGUACCCAGACGGUACUAACCACUUCUCUCCCGACUCGCCUCUCUUCAAGCCCCAUGAACGCAGGGGUAUCAUCGCCUCUAACUUUGGUCUUUCUGUCAUGUCCGCUGUAUUGUCAUACUAUAUCUCGAACGUUGGGAUAUCCACCUUUAUCAAGUUUUAUUUUGUCCCUUACCUGUUCGCCAACCACUGGAUCGUUAUGUUGACAUAUCUCCACCAUUCUGACCCGACGAUACCGCACUACCGUACGAAGGAGUGGUCUUUCCUCCGCGGUGCCGCCGCCACCGUGGACCGUCCUCUCCUUGGGUAUCUAGGCCGCUUUUUCUUGCACAACGUGUCCCAUGACCACGUCGCACACCAUUUCUUCUCCAUGAUCCCCUUCUAUAACCAACCUCAGGUCACGGAACAUGUUAAAAGCGUGCUUAGGGAGAACUACAAUUACGAUUCUACGAACACAUUCCGUGCUCUCUACCGCACCUUCACAGAGUGCUGCUUUAUCGAAGACGACGGCGACAUCGUCUUCUACAAGAACAAGGAUGGAGAAACGCAGAGGAAACUCGUCUCUGAAACGACGGGUGCUGCGGAGCAUGUCGUUGACAAGGCCAUCACGGUGACUACUGACAUGUGAUGACUGGGAAAUAGAACAGAACGAAAGAAAGGCCAGGAUAUGCUGUAUAUUUUUCUGUGUAUAGAUACUCGAUCCUCUCGACGAAUGAAACGCAAGCGUUGUAUACGUAUUUCUUACUUGGAUAUCAUCUUACGAGUUGUAUGAACUUGGCAUGGAAGUUCUAAAAUUAAAUCGUUUUGUGCUCACACCUAU